GACGGUUCUGCUGCUGCUGUUGAGGAGUGGGGAAAGACUAAGCCUGCACUUCAAACCGUCUUUUUACACGAAAUUACACUUUUGAAGCGUUUUAUUGACGAUAUGUCGCGGUUGCAUCCGCGUUGGCGAAGUCAAAGCCACGGUUUGUCUGGACGUGCAGCGACGACGGAUGGUUUGUCAGAACUAAAAUGACCCUGAUGUGUCAGAGUUUGCUGAUGGAAGCUGAGUAAGCUGAACUGCAGCCUGUUUAGAGAAAAAUAGAGGAAACAGCAGAGCAUUGUGAGAAUGGACGAGUCCUUUGAUCCACUGAAGUGUAAUGAGGACCUGCCUUCCUCACCUGGUUGCCACAUGGAUUACGAUGACAUGCCGGAGCUGCAGGAGGUGGAGGAGGAUCAGAGGUCUCCGGGGAUAUUUCAGGUUGGAGCUGUGUCUCACCAGGAGCUCAGCUGCUCCCCAAGCACCAACUGGCUCGCUGAGCUGGCCAACAUUGCCACCAGUCCUCAGAGCCCUCUGGUAAAGGAUGCCCCUCACAAGAGAUCAUCUCCAGUUCACAUCUUUGGCAACAGUAAUAGUUUACAUUCCUACGCCCGGCCCCCGUUAGCCAGUAGCGCACCCAACCCGUCCAGAGGCCAUCUCAGGGAGCGCAGGCGUGUCAGGGCCAGCAGUGAAUCGGAGUCUGGAGUGUUCUCAAUGUCCUCUUCAUUUUCUGAUGAUGAAGACAUGGCCUGGUCUCACUCUUGGCCCUCCACAGCCUGGCAUUGCUUCCUAAAAGGAACUCGCCUGCGCUUCCAUAGAGGUCCGAAUGUGGAGUGGCAGGAAGCUGAUGAACUUGGGGAUUCAGAUGAUGACUCAGAUGAUGAAACCAUGAUGCCGUCCUCAUCCUCUCUCAAAAGAUAUGGUUUAAAUGGACUGAAGUUGGUGAGUCACGAAGAGACGCUAUCUUUUGGCCAGGCAGUUCUUAAGCUGACUUUUGACCCGGGCUCACCGGAUGAAAGCCUUCUAACUGCUGAAUGCCGACUGGAUCAUCCAUUUUUUGUCAAAAAUAAAGGGUGGUCUUCCUUUUAUCCAAGCCUUACUGUGGUGCAUCAUGGGAUCCCUUGUUAUGAGAUGCAGCUGGGAGAUGUGUGUCUGCCACCAAACCACCCAGAUGCCAUUAACUGUGAUGACUCAGUCGUCUUUGACACUUUCAGAAGCUAUGACUUCACCCCACUAGACUCCUCAGCAGUGUAUGUUCUCAGCAGCAUGGCUCGUCAGCGGAGGGCCUCCCUGUCCAGCGGUGGUGCUGUCAGUCCAGACUGUGAUAAACUCGAGCGCUCGUGCUCCCCACAAUCCUCCAGUAGCAAAUCAAACCGGAGUCACAACUCAGGGACAGCCAGUGGUGCCACGCCUACAAAAUGCAAGCGGCCAAUGAAUGCCUUCAUGCUCUUUGCCAAGAAAUACAGAGUCGAGUACACGCAGAUGUAUCCUGGGAAGGACAACAGAGCCAUUAGUGUCAUUCUGGGUGACAAGUGGAAGAAGAUGAAGAGUGAGGAGAGGAGGAUGUACACCAUGGAGGCCAAGGCUCUGGCUGAGGAGCAGAAAAGACUCAAUCCAGACUGUUGGAAACGUAAAAGAACCAACUCAGGUUCCCAGCAGACCUAGAUAAUCCCCCAGAAUCCCCAGCUGCUGGUGUUUGAGCAUGGAGAGGUGCUGGACAGAGUCUAAUGGACCGCUUGAUGCCUCUUUGCUCUCCUGUAUUCUUGAGACUCAACUGUGAUGCUGAAUUCACUCGCUUUUAUAACCUUGAAACAUUAUAGUGACAAACCAGAAUUAUAAAGUAUAUACAAACCAUGUAAUCUAGUCACUAACAGUGCAUAUAUUUUCUUAUAUCUUUCAUGUCAAAGACGUCUUAUUCCCCUGAAAUAAGAAUGAUCCUCUCAUUUAUUUCAGGUUAUUUCAUAUUCAGUGGUGGAAAAAAAAAGAGAGCCUGUGGUGCUAUGCUUCAGCGUAGACGGAGCAGCAAACAAGUCUGUAUUUAUAACUGUAAAAAGGGGAAUUUUGGAUAACUUUUUCACAACAGUUGAUAUUUGUAAGAUCCGAUAUAUUGCACAGAUUGGUAACCCUUUCAUACAUUUUGUAUUACAGUAUAUAUCUUCCGCUGAACUAUGGCCAACAGUUUGUGAUACUCUCCUGCCAAGUCUUUAGAUUGUUUUUGCCCAACCACCAGGCCAUAGGAUGAGGAGGCUUUCAGCAUGUGGUGGUGGGUUUACACUCAGUCACAAAGCACUUCAGAGUUUCACUGCAAGUGUUUAUUUCUCCUGCACUUUAUAUAAAUAUGUAAUCUAAUCCUAUACAGCCAUUGUAUACUUGUGGAAACCAUUUGUAUAAUACACCUAGUAUCCUCGUAGUUUUGCCGUUUGGCACAAUCAUGGCCCUGCAGCCAUGCUCUGCUUUCAGGUUGCUGAUGAAUUUUAAGUGCUUUGUUCAUAAUGUACAGGUCUCACAGCCCCAACAACCUCUUGCACAAAAUAUCUUUGUAUCAUAUUAUAAAUAAUUUUUUAAGCUUCUCAUCACAGUGUUUGGUUCUUUUCAUAAACUGUAACCAUGAAUUAUGGGGAUGUUUGGCUUUGUGUUUGAAUAUAUGUUAACAUGUUUUGCCCUUUUCUGUCCCUUGCUUUGUACUGUUAUCAGUUUGUCACAUGAACAAGUGUGCGUCCUUGAAUGAGACGGUGAAGCAGGAAGAUUUUUAUAUCAAGCUUUAAAAAGCUCUUGAUAUCCACUGAUCCUAAUGUCCAACCAGUAAAGCCUGAUGUUUUCA